UGGGGAGGGAGUGGUCCCGGCCGCGGACUGCCCCGCCGAGGCAGCAUGUUCUCGUCCAAGUCCAACUCCGUGUCGCCGUCGCCGUCCCUGGAGCAGGCCGACUCGGACGCGCUGGACAUCAGCACCAAAGUGCAGCUCUACGGGGUGCUGUGGAAGCGGCCCUUCGGGAGGCCGUCGGCCAAGUGGUCCCGGCGGUUUUUCAUCAUCAAAGAAAGCUUUCUCCUUUACUACUCUGAGAGUGAAAAAAAGAGCUUUGAAACCAACAAAUACUUUAAUAUACAUCCAAAGGGCGUCAUCCCUCUGGGGGGCUGCCUGGUGGAGGCCAAGGAAGAGCCCAGCAUGCCCUACGCCAUGAAGAUCUCGCACCAGGACUUCCACGGCAACGUCCUGCUGGCCGCCGAGUCUGAGUUCGAGCAGACACAGUGGCUGGAAAUGCUGCAAGAGUCUGGGAAGGUGACCUGGAAGAAUGCCCAGCUGGGAGAAGCUAUGAUCAAAAGCCUGGAGGCCCAGGGGCUGCAGUUGGCUAAAGAAAAGCAGGAGUAUUUAGACAAACUGAUGGAAGAGACGGAAGAACUGUGCCUUCAGAGGGAACAGAGAGAGGAACUUGAGCGUCUGAACCAGGUGCUGGAAGCCGAGAAGCAGCAGUUUGAGGAAGUGGUGCAGGAGCUGAAAGCGGAGCAGGAGCAGAUCAAGAGGGAACUAGAACUCACCGCAAGAUGCCUCAAGGGUGUGGAACAAGAGAAAAAGGAACUGAGGCAGCUUACAGAAUCUUUGCAGCAGACGCUGGAGGAACUCUCCAUAGAGAAGAAGAAAACCCUAGAAAUGCUGGAGGAGGAUAAGAACCAGCUGCAGUCACUGGCCAAUCAGCGUGAGCAGCCGUCUGCCAUGGGGGGUCUCCAUAGCAAUCUAAGGCAGAUUGAAGAUCGGAUUCAGCAGCUAUUGACAGAGAAGCUUCUGGCAGAGAAGCGGAUGAAGGAGAAUGAGGCGCGCUCCCGGGCCCUGGAGGAGGAGCGGGAGUUCUACUCGAGCCAGUCCCAGGCGCUGCAGAACUCGCUGCAGGAGCUGACGGCAGAGAAGCAGCAGGCCGAGCGGGAGCUCAAGGCCGAGGUGAAGGUCCGCAUGGACCUGGAGAGGCGUCUGCGGGAGGCAGAGGGUGCUUUGCAGAGCCUGGAACAAGGGCUCAACUCCAAGGUUCGGAAUAAGGAGAAGGAGGAGAGGAUGCGGGCUGAUGUGAGCCACCUGAAAAGGUUCUUCGAGGAGUGCAUCCGGAAUGCAGAGCUGGAGGCCAAGAUGCCGGUCAUCAUGAAGAACUCCGUGUACAUUCACAAGGCGGCCACUCGCCGCAUCAAGAGCUGCCGCUUCCACCGGCGCCGGUCCAGCACCACCUGGAAUGACAUGAAGCCGUCCCAGUCCUUCAUGACCUCCCAGCUGGAAGCCAACAACAUAGAGGAGCUGAAGGAGGUGGCCAAGCGGCUCAGCCGGGACCAGCGCUUCCGGGAAUCCAUCUACCACAUCAUGGCCACCCAGCCUGCAGCUGCCUCCGUGCCUCCCUGGGGUGGAAAGUGACGGGCUGCGGAAGGAGGCCCAGCUCCGUGAGUGCCCUCCAGAGGGCGGAGCGGCUCCCUGGGCACCACCCACACCCUGUCCUCCCCUGUGCUUCCACCUGGGUGCUGCCCGGCUGUCGCAGUGAGAGGAGGAAGGGCCUGGCUGAGUGUGACUUUGGUUGGUCAGGGAAUGGGGUGGGGAAGCUGUCUCUCUGGCCAUGGACCGCUCUCUGGAGUCCCCAGGCCCUCUUCACCUCUGCUGUCCUGUGCCGGUCCUCAUGUGUGACAGAUGGCUUCACCUUCAAAGGCGGGCACCCCCCUCAUCUAACUCCCCUCUUGCCCAGCCUUUCCUACCCUGCAUCCCGUCCUCAGAGCCAUCCCUAACCAUGGCCCCCACGUCCUGGGAAGAGAAGGCCCUGGGCAGUGCACUCCCCAUACUCACCCUGGCUAUGGGACCCUCGCUGGCUCCCUCCUCCUCACAUGUGUUCACCACAUGCCGUCUUGGCGACCUGCAAGAGGAGGUGUGAGUCCACCAUGUGCCUCCUGGGUCCUGGCUGGGGCUGGGGCCAGCAGCAGCAACUCUGGCUGUCCCAGAGGACAUGCGGGACAGGGAUCAGGUGGCUGUCCCUGGCUAUAGUGGCCCUGCAGGUUCGCUGUCUCCUUCACCCAGUGAUGCAAUGCAACUGUGACCCCCCCGCACUUGGGAAGCCUGGCGUUGGGAUAAACCGGUACCACUGGUGGGCUCAAUGUCAUUUGGGAGAAGCUGUAGCACCCAUCUGCAGUUUGCCUUUGGGAGGCGGAGGGCUGCAGAUGUGUUCCUCACCUGUGAGUCUUCCAGGCCCACCCUCUGAAGCCAUCUGUCCAUUUCUCCAGGAAAGGGACCUACCCGGGAUCGGGGAGUUCUGGGACACUGGUGGCGUUAAAAGUAUCGAUUCUCUACUCUUCAGAAAACCGAAACUUUCUAAUGGACGGACAGAUGCUGUGGCCCUGGGCAAUCCCAGCAGAAGACGCAGGUCCCUGAGAACCUGCAGCGUGUUCUGUGGAUGAGGAAGGCAGCUCCUUAGAGAGCAGGCCCCAUCUGCUACUCUGCUAGCCAAGGUGCUGGGCUGCCUUGCUCUGGGAGGCCUGGUGAGACGAACCUAGAUGGUCCCUACUCAGGGAUGGCAGUUAGUGGAACUAUUGGGGGGGCCACUUUGGAUCAAUGCAUUUGAAUGUAAAUGUAAACGCUUUAAAUACGUAUAAAGCUGCAUAGCUUGGAAGAUAUUUAUCUAAUAUGUAUGUAGAGUGAACUUUCAAAUAGGGAGGAAGACUUAUAAAACCGAGAUGACUGAUUUUAUUUUUGCUGUGCUGGGGAUUGAGUCCAGGGGCUGCUCUACCAUUGAGCUACA